UAUGGAUGUCUCUCGCUGUGGCGACAUGCCUAUGGCUCGGACCAGUUUCGAUGGGGUCGUCAACAAUGGAGGAUGGUGCUGUUAACCCUUUUUUCCAGCAGGACAGGAUGGUGAUCUUUACCACUUCUGGUGCCACUGCAGCAACUUAUAGGACAUUUAUACGAGCCGUGCGAAAUCACUUAACUAGACAAGAGAUGCAGCAUGGUAUACCAAUAUUGCCUCAGUUUAAGAAUGUUCCAACGAAUGAACGAUUUCUUUUGAUUCAACUCGCAAAUUUCGCUGAGCAAACCAUCACAUUAGCAAUGAAUGUAAGCAAUGUUUAUAUAGUUGGCUAUUGUGCCGAAAAUCAUGCCUAUUUCUUUCCACCCGAAACUCCGGAGGCUGAAGAAGAGAUCGCUCCUCUUUUCCCUCGCACUGAUCGAGAGUUUAUGACAGGUUUGGGUGUCAACUAUGGUGACCUUGAACGAGUUGCAAAUCAAAAUAGAGAACAGACCCAAUUGGGAUUUACGCCACUAGAUACAGCUAUCGCGCAUCUUCAUGGUCUUACCACUAACCGUACUGACAAUCGGAAUCUAGCUCGAGGGUUUCUUGUUAUUGCCCAGAUGAUUGCAGAAGCAGCACGAUUCAACCUUAUUAGUACUCGAAUUGCACGUAGUUUCAGCAAUGCAAUCGUCCCAGAUCCUGGCAUGAUUCAGCUUGAGAACGACUGGAGUACAAUUUCGACUGCAAUCCAACAAUCUAAUGAUGACGGAGUUCUCCCUGAACCACUUCUUUUGCGAGAUCCAAGAGGUCAACCAAUUGAAGUGACUCAAGUGAAGGAAUUACUCACGGUCAUAUCUCUCCUGCUGUACCCAUGUAAACGGCCAUCUCAGUUUUCUCUGCUUAUAAGGCCCGUGGUGCCAAAUUUUGCUGACGAUGAUGUUUGUGUAACUCACCAGCUUACGGUGCGUAUUAGUGGUCGCAAUGGUCUAUGUCUUGAUGUGAAAAGCGGUAUUUACAGCGAUGGUAGCCCAGUAGUAUUGUGGCCAUGCAAAUCCAAUACAGAUGUGAAUCAACUCUGGACUUUCAGAAAAGAUGGCACUAUUCGAUCUGAUGGGAAGUGCUUGACCACGUUUGGAUUCGUACCAGGAAAAUACAUUAUGAUACACGACUGCAAAAAUGCUGUUCGCGACGCCACUCGUUGGAAAAUACGGGAUGAUGGAACCAUCAUAAAUCCCAAAUCAGGGCUAGUUUUGUCAGCAGAAUCAGGGAGGGAUGGCACAACGAUUACGGUGGAGACCAACGUUUACGCAGCCCGUCAAUCGUGGCUUCCUGGUAAUAAUACACAACCUUUUAUAACAACCAUUGUUGGGCUCAAUUAUCUUUGCUUGCAAGCUACAGGAAACCGCGUCUGGUUAGAAAAGUGCGAAAACAACAAGGCCGGACAGGAAUGGGCUCUUUAUGGAGAUGGUACAAUACGACCUAAGCAGAACCAAGAAGACUGUGUUACGAAUGAUGCUAAAGAACAAGGACUUGUCAAGCUUUUCUCCUAUAACUAUGCAUCCCCAGCUCAGAGAUGGGUGUUUGACAGUGAUGGAGUGAUUUGGAGUUUGUUCUAUGGAAUGGUGCUAGAUGUGAAAGACAACGAUCCAAGCCUUAAACAAAUAAUCACUUCGCCGUUCAACGGACAGGAUAACCAGCGGUGGUUGAAAUCGUUUUAAUCUACAUAUCCAGUUGCUUGAAUAAAAAGGACAGCUUAUCUUAAAAUAAAAAGGACAUUAAGUUAUUGUUGUUACAUAUGUCUUGAUGUUCCAGUGCUAGCUACCUAUAUAUAUAUACUAGCAUUUCGUCACGUGCUACACACGUGAGCGACAUU